UCCCCUUACAUCUUUAAAAGCUUCUGAUUUGCUUCUAUUAGGUUAAAAAUAAAAAAAAUUAGAUUGGAAGCAAAGCCAAGUGUCUAGCAAUUGUAGCGAGCGUGUGAGGCCAUGGGAAGAUCACCUUGUUGUGACAAAACAAAAGUUAAGAGAGGGCCUUGGUCUCCUGAGGAGGAUAUCACACUCAAGAACUAUGUCGAGAGAUUUGGCACUGGUGGCAAUUGGAUUGCUUUGCCACACAAAGCAGGACUCAAGCGCUGUGGUAAAAGUUGUCGUCUGAGGUGGCUUAACUAUCUUCGGCCAGACAUCAAGCGAGGAGGCUUUACUGUUGAGGAAGAUGACAUUAUUUUGACUUUAUAUAAUAAUAUAGGAAGCAGGUGGUCUGUGAUAGCUUCCCAUCUCCAAGGAAGAACUGACAAUGAUGUGAAGAACUACUGGAACACCAAGUUGAAGAAGAAGCUAUUGCCUUUGCCUCCAACAGAAAACAACAGCAACAACACUAGCACUAUUACCACUAACAAUAAUGCCUCUUACUUCAGCUCAUCAACAGCCUCAUCACCAUUAGUCACUAAUCUUGACACAAACACUUAUCAUUCUCAUGGGAAUUCAAUAUUUUCCAAUAAUAUGAUAUCUGCAAGUUUUCAACCUGCGAUGAAUGUAAAUUAUCAGCAAAAGUUUCUUCCACAAGGGUUGGUUUCAGAAGAACCAGUGGUUCAAUCCUCUCUUCCAAGGUUCAUAGAAGUUUCAGAGAUUGGCUCAAGUGCUGCAGAUGGUAGUACCUUUAGAGGAAUUUCAUUAUCUGAAGAAGUUGCAAGCUUUUCGGAUAUUGAAAACAAGUAUGGGUUGUGGUCUGGUAAUGGAGGAGGUGAAGAUGAAGACAAUGAUGAUCGGUGGUUAAUGGAUUUAUUAGGGUCUAGUUUCUCCUAUGAUCUUCUAAAUAGCUUUGGUUAUUAAGAGAAAACCAAUGAAUUUUAUCCAAAUUUAGCAAGCUUUCUCUAAUCUAGCAAUAAUGAUAUGAUGAUAAUGUAGAAAUGAGAUUGUCUUGCCCAUCCAGUUGCUCUUUGUGGGCUUAUAGAAUUUAUUUUGAUGAUCCGUUUUGUUUGUAAUUUAAGUUUAUGUGCGUCUAUGAUUUUUUUAAAAAUAGAUUAAUUUGAUAAUUGUGACUAAUGAAG